CAGAAUCUGUUUUUUAGGAGCCUUGUUUGCUUCAUCAUAUCACAAGCCUCCAAAAGCCAGAUUACAUAAAUCCUCUGAUAAUUACUUGAUGAGCUUCAUUCAGAAAAGUGAGCAUUAUAUUAGAUCCUAAGUUUACAAGCAUUAAGCUUGUAGCAAUAUGAUGGAGUUCAAUGUCAGGUCUAUAGCUGAUGCUGAGGUAGAAGAAACCAUGCGCUUUGACAAGUCUCUUCAGGAGCUGCGGGAACUAAGGUCUCAACUACACAAAGCAGCUGAAUACUGUGAAACAGCUUUCUCUAAGAGUGAAGAGAAUAAUGAUGUGGUGGACGACACAAAAGAGUACAUCUGCAAGAGCAUGGUCACUGUUAUUGAUCAUCUUGGAAACGUAUCUUCCAAUCUCGAUGGCCUUAUUUCUCACACUAAUGCAUUUUCUGAAGCCGAGUUACGAAUCCAAUGCCUUCAACAAAGACUUCUCUCGUGUCAACAAUAUGCUCGCAAAUUGGCCCUCUCAAAAAUGCAAUGGAAUGAGAAUUCGCUGAGAUUUCAUUCGCGUUAUUUAUCACCAUCACCUUCCCUUGUUGAGAGAUCAAGCAGUAAGAAAGCAACAAGAGAUUCCGAAAGUGAAGCUCCUUUGAAGUUAGAUGAUAAACAUUUACCAGAGACAUACGAGGAUUUGCCACUCUUUAUGUACACCCAUAAGCCUCCAGUUCAGAAUUUGAAGCCAACCACAGGCACACUUAACAGCCACAAUAAUUUGGCCAUGGUGGCACCAAUUAAGGAUGGUUUGUCAUUCUUAUCGAAUGUUCCAAAUCCUAAAUUCCAUUUCCAAAGUACACAGAAGGUUGGACGCCACAGAAGAUCACUGCAUGGUAGUGACAUCUUAUGGCUCUUGAGGCGUUCAAAACGAGUCCAGUGAAAAACCAAGAACCUAUUCAUGUGCAAAUCUUCACUUUUCACAUGGUUUAUAAUGUUUUUUUCCAAUACAAGAAAAUAUUUGCAUUUCAAGCACAGUGAAAGUUUAUCUUUUUUUUUUUUUGUAAGAUAAAGGUUUUCUCAAAUCAAGAUUUAGAGGUAGAGCAUCUGACAGUGUAUAAAUGCUGAUCUAACUCAAUUUCCGAAAUGAAAAUGCUGAGGGCAACUACCUAAAAACUGGUCCCAAGUGCGACCAAAAUGGAAGGAGCUGAAAAUAAAGUGGAUGAGGAUUUUAGUUAUGAUCUUAGAUGAGAGUGAGUGUAAUAUAUCAUAAUUUUACUUGUUUAAAUGAAAGAAUGAACAUUCCGCAAGUGUUUGACUCAAAAUGUACAGUUAUUUACCUAUUUUUUGUGUAUUCAGUGUUUCCUCUCUAGCCUCACUAAUAUAGUAUAUCAAUUUAGGUUUAAACACUUUUUGGUCCCUAAGUUAACUUCUGAUGCUCUCCGUUUAGUCUCC